AUGUCCUCCAUCGAUCCAGUCGUCGUCAUUGACGGCAAGGGACACCUUCUUGGUCGUCUUGCCAGCACUGUCGCCAAGCAGCUGCUCAACGGUCAGAAGAUCGUCGUCGUGAGAUGUGAGGCUCUUAACAUCUCCGGCGAGUUCUUCCGCGCGAAGCUCAAGUACCACGCCUACCUUCGCAAGAUGACUCGUUUCAACCCCACCCGCGGUGGUCCCUUCCACUUCCGCGCUCCCUCCCGCAUCUUCUACAAGGCCGUCCGCGGUAUGAUGCCCCACAAGACUGCCCGUGGUGCUGCCGCUCUGGAGCGCCUCAAGGUCUUCGAGGGUGUUCCUCCCCCCUACGACAAGAAGAAGCGCGUCGUCGUUCCCCAGGCCCUCCGUGUCCUCCGCCUCCGCCCCGGUCGCAAGUACUGCACCGUCGGCCGUCUGAGCCACGAGGUCGGCUGGAAGUACCAGGACGUCGUUGCCAGACUCGAGGAGCGGAGAAAGGUCAAGAGCAGCGCCUACUACGAGCGCAAGAAGGCUGCCCGCCGUCAACUCGUCCACGCCCAGAAGUCGGCAGCUGUCAGCGAGCAGACCAAGACCGAGCUUGCUCAUCGGCCUUCUUUGAAACAGGCAGAAGCAAUCUACCACAUCACAACCAAUAAUCAAAUCCUCCGACGAAGCUAUAUCGAAUUCGCCGACCGCGCUCGCGGCCUGGCCUAUUUCCUGAAGAGCCAUGCGUUCACGCGCGUGGGUAUUCUCUGCCCCAAUACCCCGGCUUUCUUGGAGGCUAUCUUCGGCAUUGCUGCUGCUGGGGCGGUGCAGGUUGCGGUGAAUUACCGUCUCAAGGAAGAAGAUAUCGCCUAUAUCUUUACACAUUCAGAGGUGGAGGUGAUUAUUGUGGACCAAGAGUUUCUGCCCCUCUUACAGCGCUAUCGGGCGACGAAACCUGAUGUGGCAGUGAUUGUGGAUACCGAUACCGAUGAGACGGAAGGGCAGUUGUCCGGGCCGUUUGAUGAUGCGGUCUUGGAGGGGUUAAGGUUCGAUGCAGAGACUGGGGCUCGAGGGUGGGAGGGGCUGGAAGCUCAGGCGGCCGCGGAGGAGGAUGUCCUCGCCUUGGCUUAUACGAGUGGAACUACGGCCAAGCCGAAGGGGGUGGAGCUCACCCAUCGGGGAUGCUACCUGGCAUCGUUGGCGAAUCUGGUCGAGUCUGGGCUGAAUGUGCAUGAGGGGCGGUGCAAGUAUCUGUGGACUUUGCCGAUGUUCCAUGCGGUUGGGUGGACCUUUCCAUGGGCUGUGACGGCCGUCCGGGGUACGCAUUACUGUCUGCGCAAGAUCGAUUAUCCGCAGAUCUGGAGGCUGCUGAAGCAGGAACGCAUCACGCAUUUCAAUGCGGCGCCGACGGUGAAUACUCUACUUUGCAACUCCCCGCAGGCUGAACGGCUGCCGCAGCCGGUGCGCGUGACGGUGGCGGCUAGUCCUCCCACGGGCCAUCUGUUCGAGCAGAUGACCGUUCUUAACCUGCAUCCUGUGCAUACCUACGGGAUGACGGAGACGUACGGUCCCAUCACCAAGGGGUACCAUAUGCCAGCGUGGGACAAUCUCACCCCGACCGAACGGUAUGAGAAGAUGGCGAGACAGGGCCAUGGAUUCCUGACCAGUCUGCCGGCCAGGGUGAUCAAGACGGAUGUUCCCGAGGGCACGGUUGUAGACGUCCGCCGGGACGGCAAGGAAAUCGGGGAGAUCGUGUUUGCCGGGAACAUAUGUUCCCGCGGCUAUUACAAGGACCCUGAGGCGACGCGGAAGCUGUUCCUUGGUGGCGUGCUCCAUUCCGGCGAUCUGGCUGUCUGGCAUCCCGAUGGGGCCAUCCAGAUUCUGGAUCGAGCUAAGGAUAUCAUCAUCAGCGGGGGUGAGAACAUCUCCUCAGUUGCCUUGGAGGCGCAGCUGGUGAUCCACCCCGACAUUCUGGAGGCUGGGGUCGUGUCGGUUCCAGAUGCGCACUGGGGCGAGCGUCCCAAGGCCUUCAUUACCGUCAAAGAAGGUAGGGAAGUAGAUGGCAAGGCGGUCAUCGAGUGGGCGCGGAAUGCCAGCGGCAUCAGUAAAUUUAUGGUUCCUCGCGAGGUAGAGGUGGUGGCGGAGCUGCCCAAAACGAGUACGGGGAAAAUCAGAAAAAAUAUACUGCGCGACUGGGCUAAGGGGGCGUCUCGGACGUGA